GCCUGCUUUCCAGGUCCCCACACGCGCCCCUCCUCUUCGCCCAGUCGCGACGCCCAGCAACAGGGGAGCUGUGCUUUCCCCGAUCCAAAAACCAGCCUCCCCGUCAGCUCGUUCCCGCCCGCUUGCAGACGAGGUUUUGCGACGACAGCUCAUUCCGCUCCCAGCCAACCCAGACCGCUCGAACAACUGUCUCUUCUCCAUCAAUCGCCCCGCUUAGCACUGGGUUGUGGAUUUAACCACCGCGAGCCAUGUCGGUCAAGAUCGAGCGGGACACCACCCUCAAGGAGGCAGUCAGGGAUGCCGUCCUCGACCAUACCGCCAACAAGGGCGGCCUCGUCGGCUCUGCUGCCGCUGCCAUCUCGGAGGCUGCCCAUGGCCAGCUUCCCGGCACCAGCGGCAAACAUCCCAUCUCGGCCGUUGUCGGUACCGCCCUCACCGGCGGCAGGAAGAAUGCCGGCACCAAGGGCUAUCUCGCUGCCUACCUGCAACAACUCGAGGACCACCCGCUGCGCACCAAGAUGCUCACGGCCGGAACGCUGGCCGGUGGCCAGGAGCUGCUCGCGUCGUGGCUAGCCAAGGACCGCAAUAAGCACGGCAACUACUUCACGUCGCGCGUGCCCAAGAUGGCGGCCUACGGCGCCUUCGUCAGCGCUCCGCUCGGCCACUUUCUGAUCUGGUUGCUGCAAAAGAUCUUUAGCAAACGCACCAGCCUGCGCGCAAAGAUCCUGCAGAUCCUCUUCAGCAACCUGAUUAUCGCUCCCCUCCAAAACGCCGUCUACCUCGUCGCAAUGUCCCUCAUCGCGGGCGCCAGGACGUUCCGCCAGGUCAAGGCGACAGUGCGCAGCAGCUUCUGGAAGGUGAUGCGUGUGAGCUGGAUCACGUCGCCCAUCUGCCUGGCCUUUGCGCAAAAUUUCCUGCCCGAGAACACGUGGGUGCCCUUUUUCAACCUCGUGUCCUUCGUCAUCGGCACCUACAUCAACACCAUCACCAAGAAGAAGCGCCUUGCCGCCCUGCGCAAGAAGCACUUCGGAGAGGGCCGCACCCCCGGCGGUUCCACCAUUGGCGGGCCUCGCCCGGAUGACUACCCUCCCCUCGGUCCUAACCCUCCCUACUAAAUGGGGAUAGGUGGCGGUAGUGGGCUAGGGGUUGCUGCCUGGUGCCUCUUGGCAGGUGCAGUAUGGAAUGAAUGCAUGACCACGGUGCUGCUUGACGGCCUGCUCUUCCGUUGAGGAUGCAGUGGCUUUGGAAAGGGGAAGAGAUGCCGUCAGGCAGGCCGAGAGUUUUAUGACGGAUCUUGAUGUUCUGGAGGGGGCGGCUCCUUUGCGGGAGUUUGGCGG